AUGUCUGGCCACGAUGCUGCCCAGGCGCUCUCGUUCUUCCAUGCCCCUCGCCGACACGACCAUCCUAUUGAUAGCGCUACCAUCUCUCAGCUCCGAGACGAGGCAGAGCAAGUCAAAAAGACGAUCCAUCAACUCGAAACCCAGCUACAAAUGCUCGCAGACCAUCUUGAAGCGCUCCAGGACGACCUAUCAGCCGUGGUCUACCCGAUCAACACUCUUCCUGCCGAAGUUCUCUGCCACAUUUUUGCGGCAGCAGUGUCGUCCUCACCUUCCAUCGACGUUAACCGCACGCUGCUACAAAUUACCACUGUCUGUCAACGCUGGCGGCGCACUGCCAUCGCAGACCCGCACCUCUGGACACGCAUUUCCUACUCAAUCGACGAGGACCAGCGGGACUUUCUUUCCGAGCACUUCUUGCGGCGCGCCAGAGCACUGCCUAUUGUGUUCUCAAUUCCCGCAGAUGACCUGAGCGGAUACAAGCUUCCGCGGUGCAUAUUCGAUUCUGCUUCACAAUGGGAGGAAGCAUCCCUGUCCAGCAUUAAGUGGCCUUUCAACUGGGCGACUCCCAAUUCAGACACGCCGAACGCACAGCUCGACUUUCCGCUGCUGACCAAGUUCUCGUUUGAUGUCUGGAGCAAAACCGACACGGAUGAAAACCCCGUCUUCAUGAAUGCCCCAAGUCUCCGAGAGCUGUCCAUCAGCAUUCACCGCCUUGUUUUACCGCUUUCAUUCCCUGCCCAUCAACUGCGAAAACUGACGAUCCUUCGUCCAGCCACGUACGCUGAAGUCCUCGCUCUCCUUACUCAUCAGGAAGCGCUGGAGGAGCUGUCGCUCCCUGCACUCUUCGAAGAGACAGUUAUAUCAGACUCGACCUUACAACUGCCCCGCUUGUCAACCUUGUCCCUGGUGGCCGGCGCCCGCACUUCCAUCCUCGACCACCUCCGCUUGCCCGCCCUAACAACUCUCCACCUCUCCGACCUCGAAAGCAUUGUCGUCGAGUCCUCCAUCGACCCAUGUAUCCGGCGGUCCGCAGCGACUGUAACCUCGCUGUCUCUAUUCACACCCACAGAUUACGUGGGCUUCCGCGCUCUUUCCACCUCAUACAUGGCCCACCAAGUCAAACAUCUGACCGUAACCGCAUUCCCCAUGCCCUACGACGAGGAACGGAAGUGCUCCGCGACUCUCGCCGACUUGAGCCUCCUCUCCAGCCUCGAAUCCUUCACCCUGGUCAUUCCUCCCCCCGUGCCAGCCCCGGUCAACAUCCGUCCGUUCCUGGAUGGAAUCGCCAUGCGCGCUGCGAAAAUGUGUCCCGAUGGUGUCCAGCGCCAAAUAAAGCUCGCGCGCCUUGUCAUCGAGUUUGCGCCGUAUGGUAUUCCGCACGAGGAGGACAUUCGCGCCUUGCAGCAUCUGCAAAAAACAUUCGGUGUCGAAAUUUCAAUGCCGAACGGCCAUCCAAUGCGGAAAUCAUGGAGAAAGACGAGGGUGAUGAACACUUGA